AUGUCGGGCCGAUACGAACGGGUUAACGCCCAAGACGAGGAGGAUGGCCCUUCCCCCAUCGCAGCAGCCAGGACACCCCGCUCGGCCCUGCCAAACUCCCCUCCUCCGUCAUUCCACUCCAGAGCCUCAUCCGUCGCUCCCCGCAAUCGGACAGUCCAGGAUCCAACCCUCGCCGACGCCUUCGACGCCGACGAGUCCGACAGCGAUGACGAGCCCGACGACCGCCAGCGCCUCGUGAGGCAGAACACAGACCCCGUUCAGCCUGCCUCCAGCUCAGCCCCCUACUCUCCAGUCGGUUCCAGCGCAAGCUCGCCGCCCCCACAGCCCCCACGGCAUCAGCCAUCGGCGACAGCAACUAGUUCCAACCGGAUCUUUGGCAGCGGCAUCCAGAAUGAGGGCGUCUUCUCCAACCUGACCGCCAAGCCCGAGAGAGGGGGCACGGAGAAGGAGGAGCAGCCUCCGACAUACGAACAAGCCGCAGCCGACUCAGCACCGCCAUACUGGGAAACAACCAUCCUCGCCCCCGGUCUGGGUGGUAUCGACGACGUUUACAUCGACGGCAUGCCCGUGGGCUCUGUCUUCUCGUUUGUGUGGAACGGCAUGAUCUCCAUGUCCUUCCAGCUGGUCGGCUUCCUGCUCACGUACCUGCUGCACUCGACCCACGCCGCCAAGAACGGGUCCCGGGCGGGCCUGGGAAUUACCCUCAUCCAAUACGGCUUCUACAUGAAAGGAUCCGGCGGGUCAGGGGCAGGCGGUAUGGGCGGCGACGACGGGGCAGGCGAUAGCGGCUACGCGAGCCCGCCGGAUCCAAACUCUCACGACUUUGACCCUGGCAGCGUAGCAGGCGGCAGUGGUGGAAGCGGCAGCGGCUCGGGCGGCAUCUCCGACGUGGCGAGCUCAGAAUGGGUUGCGUAUAUACUGAUGAUUGUCGGGUGGUUUAUCCUCAUUAGGUCUGUCAGUGAUUACCUGAGGGCCAGGAGACAUGAGCAACUCGUGCUCCAGAGUCCCGACCGGGGCCUGGGCGUAGCCAUUAUUGCCGAGGGCGAGAGCUCUGAGCGGGUUGUCUGA